AUGCAGGCAGAGGCAACCCGACAAAAGUUACCGCCAGUCACGAGAAGAAAGGCUGAAAAGACUCAAGCCUCUCGCGUUGAGGCGCUGCUCAGAGCGGGAGGCGGGCAGGAGGGCCCAGCUGGAGGGCGCACAUGGCCCUACGACUCUGUCUCGCAUGCCUCUCUCCUUAGCCUUUCAACGCAGCCCGUGAUACAGCACUUGGCGCGUCAGCUUAGGGCUGGCCGCUGCGUGGCCUUUCCCACGGAAACGGUGUAUGGCUUGGGAGCCGUCACCUCAAAUCCCGAAGCUGUGGCUCAUAUCUUCGCCCUUAAGAGGAGGCCCCCCUCGGACCCCCUCAUAUGCCACGUGCUGUCUUGCGAGCAAGCGCUGGAGCAGGUGGUGGACUUGGAGCUCCAAGAAGCCUCCUCGGCUCCCCCCCCGCCCCCCACCUGCACUCCCUCUCGCUCCUCAGGCUUCCAGGCUGCGCAGGGGGCUGCACAGGGAAAAGGGGCCCUCAAGAAAGUCUUCGAGGCUCUCGCAGAGGCCUUCUGGCCAGGGCCCCUCAGUAUCAUUGCGAGGCAGCGCCGUCCAGCAGGGGAUCUGAAGUCUAGAGAGGGCCCCUCCCAUGUCGGAGUUGUAGACAGUGUUACAGCAGGGACGGGCUUCGUUGCUGUGCGCGUUCCUUACCAUCCUUUGGCACUUGCCCUAUUAGCGGCCGUGGGGGCCCCUGUGGCAGCUCCCUCUGCAAAUCGUUUCGGAAGAAUCUCUCCGACGCGAGCCUCCCACGUCUACAAACAGUUUCAGCAGGAGCAGGAGCAGGAGCAGGAGCAGGAGCAGGAGCAGCAGCAGCAGCAGAACGAGCAGAACGACGACGUGUAUGUGUUGCCCGUUCUAGACGGCGGCCAGUGCUGUGCAGUCGGGAUCGAGUCAACUGUGGUAAAGCUGAGUCUGCUUGAGGGGCCCUCGGAAGAAGGCCUCCCACGAGUGGAAAUCAGGGUUCUCCGGAGGGGGCUUAUUUGCCAGCAGAUGAUUUAUGAGGCGCUCACGAGGGCUGCAGCCGCGACAGAUGAGCCUGAGGAGCGUCGAGCCACCGAGGAGGCCCCUGCUGAGGGAGCUGCUGGGCUAACUCGGGGAUUUUUAGAGACAGCAGACGUAGAAGGCGACGGGGAAAGGCCUCAAGAGAGCCCUGGCCUCUGUCUCACGCAUUACGCCCCAUGCGUGCCCUCUUUCCUCCUUGUGAGCGCCUCUCGUUGUUUCGCUCUCUUGGAUACUGCAGGGAUGCCCACUGUCGGGGAAAGGCCCCCUCUCGGCUACAGUUCACGGCUGUGUGUGCUGAUCGAUGGCGAUGGCGCCCUUGCGUCGCUCUCACAGCACUUUGCGCAGUACAUUUCUCUACACACCAAGGGUUUGCCUUGUCUAGGCGGUCCUGGGCAGCAGCAGGAUAGCAGAGCUUGUCAGCUCGCGGCAGCGGCUGCUGCCAGAGAGGUCUUUGCUGCCCUUCACGCCGCGGAAGAAGCGGCUCUGCAGCAGCAGCAAAACUCAGAAAAGCAGGUUGUAGUGCUGCUGCACGCUGCGCCGCUUGUUCAGUGGGGAGAAGAGGGACUUGCGGUGUUUGACCGCCUUUUCAGGGCAGCAUCAGGACGUACUGUGGAGCCUCUGGCGUAUGUGGGAGGCCCCUCUCCGGAAUUUCUGUUUGGAGCCGCGUCGUAG